UCCAUAUUUCCAUUACUUCAGUCAGCGAAGAAGAAGCUGUCAGCUGACAGAGGAAAGCAAAGCAACUUCUACUGUCAUCAAGAAGAAACUGCCAACAUGCGAUUCAGGUUUUGUGGUGAUCUGGACUGUCCAGACUGGGUUCUUGCAGAAAUCAGCACGCUGGCCAAAUUGUCUAGCGUAAAGAUGAAGCUUCUCUGCGGUCAAGUGUUGAGAGAUCUUCUGGAGGAUGGCAUCGACUAUGACAAAGUUGAAAAGUUGACAUCGGAUGCCAAAUUUGAGGUUGGCGACAUCAAAGCCAGUAUUGCUGUUCUCAGUUUCAUCCUCACCAGUGCGGCAAAGCAUGAUGUGGACAGCGAGUCCCUAUCCAGUGAAUUGCAGCAGCUGGGCUUGCCUAAAGAGCACACCACAGGGUUAUGCAAAUCCUACGAAGACAAACACACAGCACUGCAGGACAAGCUGAGAGAGAGCAGUUUACGGCUGAGUCGCCUGGAGUCUGUGUCGUGGAGGGUGGACUACACGCUGAGCUCCAGUGAGCUGAAGGAGGUGAAUGAGCCCAGUGUGCAGCUGCGUCUGCAGGCCCAGCAGUCGGAGUCUGGCUCCUCAGAGACCACCGUAGUGUCCAUCACGGCAGACAAGUUCAGAGUGCUCCUGACAGAACUCAAGCAAGCCCAGGGCAUGAUGAAUGCCCUUCAGUGACCUACCGAAGAAAUGUAUGAAUGAAGAGCUGUUCUCUCUUUCACAUGGUAUGUCAAUGGAGACUGCCCCACUCGACUGUCAUGCAGUAUAGGAAGAGAUUCGUUGUAAAGUGCCAUUUUUUGACUUUUGCAUUUUAGUAUUGGAAAUGACUGUUUGGAUGGGAAUUCAUGGGAAUUCAUGUCCAAUACAAAAUGGAUAUGGUCAUUUUGCAACAAAUACUCGUCAUAUGUACAGACCAGCAUCUACUACCACUUUGACUUUUUGAGUUCAUUGCGGAAGUAGAUUUGCCCUUGAUGAUCUUAUGUUAACAUUCCUCAAGCAUUUUUGGUUUGCAUGAAAUUUGAAAUGUAAAUGUUAAAAAAGUGCCUUUUUCCUCAUCGCACAAUGUAAUCCAUCACAUGGCUGUUCGUGCCUCAAGCACAUUGUGUUUUUGUUGUACAGUAGAACAUGAUAUGCACAGAAUUCACGUCAUGUAAAUUCAUUUGUAAUAAUAAAUACAUGUCCUGCAUACGUAAUGAA